GGGGUAAAAAAAACCGAAAAGAAAAAAAAAAUUUCUGGGAUCCAAUCUACCCCUCAUAUGUGAUCUUGCCAUCUCCGUACUCAUUAGUAUCUUCACCUAUCCAUCUCACUUGUACACCCCCCUCACCUCGGGUCAAGCCUCUUGAUCUCCAACUCUACUACUUAUCAUAUAUCCUCAAUCGGUCAAUUCCUGCGAACCCCUCGCACCCGCCGUCAAAAUGCCGCAGAAGGUUUAUGUCACGUACAACCAGGUUCACAAACUAUGCCAGGCCUCCGCUGACAAGAUCCUGGACACCUUCCAGCCCAAUCUUAUGAUUGCUAUCGGCGGUGGUGGCUACAUCCCUGCUCGCAUUCUCCGCUCUUUCCUGAAGCGCCCCGGCGAGCCUAACAUUCCCAUUCAGGCCAUCGGUCUGUCGCUUUACGAGGACCUGGGUCGCGGUGACGCCGAAGAAGUCCCCGGAACCAAGGUUACCCGCACACAAUGGCUGGACCUUAGCUCUCUGGAAAUGGCCAACCUCAUUGGCAAGAACAUUCUCAUUGUUGACGAAGUUGACGAUACCCGUACGACCCUCGAAUAUGCCGUCCGCGAGCUCCAGAAGGAUGUCGAGAUUGCGCAGAAGCAGCUCGGCCGUGAAGGCGAGAAGACAAACUUCUUCGUCUACGUUGUUCACAAUAAGGACAAGCCGAAGAAGGGUGUCUUGCCGGAGGAUAUGAUGACCUCUGGCCGUUACCACGCAUCCGUGACCACCGCUGAUGUUUGGAUCUGCUAUCCUUGGGAAGCUAAGGACAUUGACGAGCACGACAGACUAGCUGAGGAGAACCCUCUCGUCUGAGCUUCUUCUACUCAGCGCGAUUUUGCUCUCGCUUAGCCACAUUUUUACCUCGUCUCUUCAUCCUGGUUAUGCCGCCCACGCAUAGAUACCGGCUCUCUUUGGUUGCAUAUAUGUUGCGU